UACAACCUGUCAUGGGACAAUUACCAAUUUCUCGAACCAACUUAGAAUUUCCAUUUUUACAUUGCAGUGUCGACUAUGCCGGACCUAUACUGAUAGCUGACCGGAAAGGACGAGGGUAUCUGUCUAAGGAAGGCUACAUGUCAGCCUUGAACCGUUUCGUGGCUCGUCGGGGCAAACCUCAGUCCAUCCUGUCAGACAAUGCAACGAACUUUGUCGGAGUUUCCAACGAGUUGGAACAAUUUUUGCAGACUUCAAACCUCCCUUCGGAGGUCGCUCAGCAGGGUAUUAAAUUUUCCUUUGCCCCUCCAUAUUCUCCACAUUUCAACGGCAUUGCUGAAGCAGCGGUUCGUUCGACAAAAUAUCAUCUUAGGCGCUUGAUGCAAAUGACUCACUUUACAUAUGAGGAACUUACCACUUGUCUAACUCAAAUUGAAGCCGUUUUGAAUUCCCGUCCACUCACCCCUCUCUCAUCUGAUCCCACUGACCUAUCUGCUCUUACUCCUUCCCAUUUCUUAAUCGGACGAUCUCUUUUAUCUGUACCUUAUCCACAGGUGACAAACAUGAAGGUCGAGCAAUUGCAACGUUACGAAAGAAUCAAUUAUAUGAAGCAACAUUUUUGGAAGCGAUUUUCUAAAGAAUACGUCUCUUUACUUCAAACUAAGACUAAAUGGUUCCAUUCAACAGGAAAUCUAUCUGUGGGGACUCUUGUACUAUUGAAGGAAGCAGGUCAACCUCCCCUACUGUGGCCAUUGGGACGAGUCACCAAAAUUUACCCUGGCGUCGAUGGCGAUUCAAGAGUGGCAGAACUGAAGAUGAAAGGGAGAACUGUUCUGCGAAGCUACAAAAACAUCUCCAUGGGCCCAUCACUCUGCUUCUUUGAACAAAGAUGUUCAACCCGGGGAGGAUGUUCGCGCCUGAGGUGCGGGCAACACCACUACCGGUGCGAACCGACGUGCGGUGGCACGAAACGUCAUUUUGAACUUCCGCUUUCGACCGCCGAUGCAUACGCGCAACGAUCAAUUUGUCUAUUUGCAACUCUGUAUUUAUCGCUUAUUAAACCAUUACAACCAAAUACUUGUGUUUGGCCUAAACAGGAGGCCCUGGAGUGGCUCCCGCUAAGAACAAGAAGACGUGGCCGUCCUAAACAAACUUGGCGGCGAUCAAUAGCUGCCGAAAUGAAGGCGAUUGGGCUGACAUGGCCCGAGACCAAGCGCAGAUUCCAGGAUAGAGCGAACUGGCGGCGCACUGUGGACGCCCUCUGCCCCACUGCGGGGACAUAG